UUCGGCGGGGCCCCCGGCCAGUGGGCCCGCUACGGGCGUUGGGAGGCGGGCUCGGUGGGCGAGCUGAGCUUCAGUCUGAAGACCAAUAUCAGCAAGGCCCUGGUGCUCUACCUGGACGACGGCGGCAACUGCGACUUCAUGGAGCUGCUGAUCGCCGGCGGGCGCCUCCAGCUGCGCUUCGCCAUCCACUGCGCUGAACCCGCCACCUUACACAUGGAAACCCGGGUCAACGACGACCGCUGGCACAUGGUGCUCCUCACACGCAACUUCCGCGAGACCCUGCUCAUGGUGGACGGCGAGACCAAGGUGGCGGAGGUCAAGUCCAAGCGGAAGGAGAUGGCGGUGGUCAGCGACCUGUUUGUGGGCGGCAUCCCGCCUGACGUGCGCCUCUCAGCCCUUACGUCCAGCACGGUGAAGUAUGAGCCCCCAUUCCUGGGCCUGAUCUCCAACCUGAAGGUGGGCGAGAUGCCCCCUACCCUGCUCAACAGCCAGGGCAUCCAGAGUGACCUGGAGUAUCUGUGCACCAAGCAGAACCCCUGCUUCAACGGCGGCUUCUGCUCCAUCCAGUAUGGCGAGGUGCACUGCGACUGCACACACACCCGCUACAAGGGAAAGUACUGCAAGGAAGAAGAUAAUAAACUGGUUAGGGCUCUCCCCCAUUUGGCUUUAAUUGAACAAGGAUCUUCAAAGGGGAAGGAAGAGUCAGUGGCCACCUUCAAGGGGAACGAGUUCUUCUGCUACGACCUGUCGCUGACGCCCAUCCAGAGCAGCACGGACGAGAUCACGCUCUCCUUCCGCACGCUGCAGCGCAACGGCCUCAUGCUGCACACGGGCAAGUCGGCCGACUACGUCAACCUGUCGCUGAAGAGCGGCGCCGUGUGGCUGGUCAUCAACCUGGGCUCGGGCGCUUUCGAGGCACUGGUGGAGCCCGUCAACGGGAAGUUCAACGACAACACCUGGCACGAUGUGCGCGUCACCCGCAACCUGCGUCAGGUGACCAUAUCAGUGGAUGGUAUUCUGACCACUACUGGUUAUACCCAGGAGGACUAUACCAUGUUGGGCUCAGAUGACUUCUUCUACAUAGGGGGGAGUCCCAAUACCGCAGACCUGCCCGGAUCACCCGUCAGCAACAACUUCAUGGGCUGCCUUAAAGACGUGGUGUACAAGAAUAACGACUUCAAGCUGGAACUCUCCCGGCUAGCCAUCGAGCGGGACCCUAAGAUCAGCCUGAACGGAGAUCUUGUCUUCCGCUGCGAGGACGUGGCCGCCCUGGACCCCGUCACCUUUGAGUCCCCCGAGUCCUUCAUCGCCCUGCCCAAGUGGAACACCAAGAAAACAGGCUCCAUCUCCUUUGACUUCCGCACCACAGAACCCAGUGGUCUGCUGCUGUUCAGCCACGGGCGCCCCCAGGGUCCUAAAGAGCAGAAGCCGGGUCGAGACAUGAAGUCAGACUACUUUGCUAUGGAGCUGCUGGACGGGUUCCUCUACCUGCUCAUGGACAUGGGGUCGGGGAGUAUCAAGCUGAAGACCAGUAAUAAGAAGGUGAACGACGGGGAGUGGUGCCAUGUGGACUUCCAGAGGGAAGGGAGGAAAGGGUCCAUCUCGGUGAACAGCCGCAGUAUCCCCUUCAACUCCAACGAGGGCAGUGAGAUCCUGGACCUGGACAGCGACAUGUUCCUGGGGGGUCUCCCCGAGACCCGCUCUGACCUGGUGCUGCCCCCCGAGGUCUGGACCGCCUUGCUCAACUACGGCUACGUGGGCUGCGUCCGCGACCUCUUCAUCGACGGCAAGAGCCGCGACGUGCGCCGCCUGGCCGAGAUCCAGAGCUCCCCGGGCGUUAGCAGCUUCUGCACCCGUGAGCUUCAGAAGAGGUGUAGCAGCACCCCCUGUGGGAACGGAGGCCUGUGUAAAGAGGGAUGGAACCGCUACAUCUGCGACUGCACCGGCACCGGCUACCUGGGCAGCAACUGUGAAAUUGAGGCGACGGUGCUGAGCUACGAUGGCAGCAUGUACCUGAAGAUCAUCAUCCCGGGCACCAUGCACACCGAGGCAGAGGACGUGGCGCUACGGUUCAUGUCCCAACGGGCAUUCGGUCUCCUCGUGGCCACCACCUCCAAAGAGUCCGCCGACACCCUGCGGCUAGAGCUGGAUGGUGGCAGGGUCAAGCUGACUGUCAACCUAGAUUGUAUCAGGAUAGACUGUAACCUCAGUAAAGGACCUGAAACGCUCUUCGCUGGCCAGAAGCUCAACGACAACGAGUGGCACAUGGUGAAAGUGGUGCGCCGAGGAAAGAACUUCCAGCUAUCUGUGGACAACGUCACGGUGGAAGGCCAGAUGACAGGUGCCCACACGCGGCUGGAGUUCCACAACAUUGAGACGGGCAUCAUGACCGAGCGUCGCUUCAUCUCCGUGGUGCCCUCCAACUUCAUCGGUCACCUCCAGGGCCUGACGGUCAACAGCGUGCCCUACCUGGACCAGUGCAAGAACGGCGACAUCUCCUACUGCGAACUCAACGCCCGCUUUGGCAUGCGUCACAUCAUCGCCGAUCCGGUGACGUUUCGAACGAAAGCAAGCUAUCUAGCGUUGGCUACUUUGCAGGCCUACGCCUCCAUGCACCUCUUCUUUCAGUUCAAGACCACCACGUCGGACGGCCUGCUGCUCUUCAACUCGGGGGAUGGCAGCGACUUCAUCGUUGUGGAGCUGGUCAAAGGCUACGUCCAUUAUGUCUUUGACCUCGGCAACGGCCCGUCGCUGAUGAAGGGUAACUCGGACAAGCCGCUCAACGACAACCAGUGGCACAACGUGGUGGUCUCCCGGGACGCCAACAACGUGCACACGCUCAAGAUCGACUCCCGCACCGUCACCCAGCACUCCAAUGGAGCCCGUAACCUGGACCUCAAAGGGGAGCUGUACAUCGGUGGUGUGGGGAAGAGCAUGUACAACAGUCUGCCCAAGCUGAUCGCGUCCCGGGACGGGUACCAGGGCUGCCUGGCCUCGGUGGACCUCAACGGGAGACUGCCAGACCUGAUCGCAGAUGCCCUCCACAGGGUGGGCCAGGUGGAGCGAGGCUGCGACGGACCUAGCACCACCUGUACGGAGGACUCCUGCUACAAUCAGGGCGUGUGUCUCCAGCAGUGGGAGGGCUUCUCCUGCGACUGCACCAUGACGUCCUAUGGAGGCUCCUUCUGUAGCGACCCUGGGACAACCUACAUCUUCGGGAGAGGAGGAGCCCUCAUCACAUACACCUGGCCCCCCAACGACCGGCCGAGCACGCGGGCAGACCGGCUGGCGGUGGGAUUCAGCACACAGCUCAAGGAGGCCGUGCUGGUCAGGGUGGAGAGCGCAGAGGGACUGGGAGACUACCUGGAGCUGCACAUAGAACGAGGAAGGAUCGGCGUCAUCUUCAACGUGGGAACGGACGACAUCGUCAUCGAGGAGAGCGCGGUGAUGGUGAGCGACGGUAAAUACCACGUGGUGCGCUUCACGCGCAGCGGCGGCAACGCUACCCUGCAGGUGGACAGCCAGCCCGUUAUCGAACGCUUCCCCACAGGGAACUUUGAUAAUGAACGCCUGGCUAUUGCUAGACAAAGAAUCCCAUACCGACUUGGUCGGGUAGUUGACGAGUGGCUACUCGACAAAGGUCGACAGUUGACCAUCUUCAACAGCCAGGCGUUCAUCAAGAUCGGUGGUGGUGGCGGCGACAAGGCCCGUCACUUCCAGGGCCAGAUCUCGGGCCUCUACUACAACGGGCUGCAGGUGCUCAAGCUGGCAGCCGAGGGCGACCCCAAUGUGCAGGCCAAGGGCAACCUGCGGCUAGUGGGCGACGUGCCCUCGGUGCUCACCACGGACACCACCAGCACCACGCCGCUGGCCGACAUGUCCACCACCAUCAUGGAGACAACCACGACCAUGGCUACCACCACCACCCGCAAGCAGCGUUCACCCACCAUGAGGGACAGUGUCACACAGAACACGGAUGAUCUGUUGGUAGCAUCUGCUGAGUGUCCCAGCGAUGACGAGGACUUGGAGGAGUGCGAGCCUGGAAAUGCCAACCCCAACCAGCUAGGCCCCAGAGGAGGGCCUCCCGGCGCGGUAGAAGUAAUCAGGGAGUCCAGCAGCACCACGGGCAUGGUGGUGGGCAUCGUGGCGGCCGCUGCCCUCUGCAUCCUCAUCCUGCUCUACGCCAUGUACAAGUACCGUAACCGGGACGAGGGCUCCUACCAGGUAGACCAGAGCCGAAACUACAUCAGUAACUCGGCCACGCAGAGCAACGGCACCCUGGUGAAGGAGAAACAGCCGGGCACAGCCAAGACAACCACCAAGAACAAGAAGAACAAAGACAAGGAGUACUACGUCUGA